AUGGAUACAGAUAGCACAAUUUCAAGUAAGUAUGAAGUUAACCUUCAAGCAAGUGAACGUCAAAGGUGUGCUGAAGAAAGAGAAAAAAGGAAGUAUGUUCUUCAACAACAGAGCUUCAAUAUAGGUGGAAUAUCUAAAAUUGAAUUACCAAUGAGUGAAGAGAUGUUAGCAGAUUCUGUGGUUAAGAAGAUUCAUGGAAUUUCUAAAGAUUAUAUUGAUCAUGGAGAUGCCAUCUUUGUGUGUUCUAAAUGUGAUGCAAUGUUAUGGGAAGAUGAAAUGCUUAGGGGAAAUCAAAAACAUAAGAAAACAUCCUAUUCUCUUUGUUGUUCAAAUGGAGAUGUUGAGCUACCAUCACCUCUUACACCUCCUCCAUUACUACGUCAUUUAUAUAAAAGUCAUACCUCACAGUCUCGCAAUUUCAUGGAUAAUAUUCGAGCAUAUAACAUGAUGUUUUCCUUCACAUCUCUUGAUGGGAAGGUUGACAAAAGUUAUCAGAGAGGUAAAGGUUCUUAUGUAUUUAGACUACAAGGUCAGAAUUAUCAUCGAAUGGGUAGUCUACUUCCGGACGAUGGGGAAGAACCCAAAUUCUCACAGGUUUACAUAUAUGAUUCACAAAACGAAGUGGUAAAUCGUCAAAAAGCUGUAAGUUCUCAUAUAGAAUUCAAAACUACAAGAAACAAUCAGCUUGAUAGUACAACCAUCAAGGGUCUUAAAGAUAUGUUGGAUUCUUGCAAUCGUCUUGUCCAGUCCUUCAGAAUGGUAAGAGAUUGUUUUCAAGAAAAUGAGUUUCAAGAUGUAAGUUUGAAGCUUAUUGGAACAAGAGAUAAGGAUGGAAGAGUUCACAAUUUGCAAACAACAUCAGAAAUUGUUGCGUUAAUAAAUGGUGAUUUUGAUGGAGCAUUUGAUAAACUGGACAUUGUUGUUAGAAAGAAGUCUGGUGGUCUUCAAAGAAUUAGUGAGCUUCAUCCCUCUUACCUUGCUUUGCAAUAUCCACUUAUUUUCCCAUAUGCAGAAGAUGGUUAUAGAAUUGGUAUUAAACAUAGAGGGAUUGCGAUUGAUAAUGAGGUACUUAGAACCAAUCUUACAAUUAGAAAAUUCUUUUGUUACAAAAUUCAAGAUGGACAGAAUCAGUUUUCAUUGUUACUUAAUGCGAAAAAACUAUUUCAGCAGUUUUUGGUUGAUGGAUACACGAUGAUAGAAUCUGCCAGGUUGAAUUAUAUAAGGACACAACAACCUAAACUUAGAACGCAAAGUCUUAAGAACUUGAAUGCUACUAUUGAAAGUGGAGAGAAUAAUGCCUCAAGUUGUGGUAAACCUAUACUUUUACCUUCAUCAUUUACUGGUGGUUCUAGAUAUAUGAUGCAAAACUACUUGGAUGCUAUGGCAAUUUGCAAGUCUGUUGGAUAUCUCGAUUUAUUCAUAACGGUGACUUGUAAUCCAAACUGGCCUGAGAUUUACAGGUGUUUGCACGAUAAAGCUCUUAAUGCUAAAGACAGACCGGAUAUUAUCUCUAGAUUAUUCAAGUGUAAAUUGGAUCAUCUUAUAAAAGAUUUCAAGAAAGAUAAAUUCUUUGGUGAUAUACAAAAGCGUGGACUCCCACAUGCUCACAUAUGUUUGUUCUUGGGUGCUGAAAGCAAAUUUCCAACUGCAUCUGAUAUUGAUCGUGUUAUUAGUGCUGAGAUACCAGAUAAAGAAAGAGAUCCUGAAUUAUAUGAGCUUGUCAAGCAAUUUAUGAUUCAUGGACCAUGUGGUACAAACAACCCACUUUGUCCAUGUAUGGUUAAGCAAAAAUGUUCUAAAAAGUUUCCCAAAAAAUAUGUAGAUGAGACUUGUGUUGAUUCUGAAGGAUAUCCUGUCUAUCAUCGUCGUCAAACAAGUAAUACAGUAGUAAAGAAUGGUGUGACACUUGAUUAUAGAUUUGUAGUUCCUUACAAUGCUCUCCUGCUCAGAAAGUAUCAGUGCCACAUUAACAUUGAAUGGUGCAACCAGUCAGGUUCUAUCAAAUAUUUGUUUAAAUAUAUUAAUAAGGGGCCUGAUAGAGUCACUGCUUCUGUUUUUCAAGCCAAUAGCACCAAGAAUGAUACGGAACAGAAUGUAGCUGUAGAUGAGAUAAAAGCAUACCUUGAUUGUAGAUAUAUCUCUGCUUGUGAAGCUGCUUGGAGAAUAUUCAUGUAUGAUAUACAUUAUAGAUCUCCAGCUGUUGAAGUAUUACCUUUUCAUUGUGAAGAUGGUCAAAGUAUUGUGUAUAACGAUCAUGAUAAUUUGUGUGAUUUUGUUACUAAUCCAACUGUGAAAAUGACAAUGUUCACAGAGUGGAUGAAUUGUAAUAAAGUCGAUGAAUUUGCCAGGACAUUGAGCUCUAUUAUUGGGAAAAAACUAAUACUUUUUUCAACAUUUGUUUUAGAUUUGGAUCUUCAACAAGAAGAACUUGAAAAUAUCUGUCUAUCUGAAAUUGAAAAGUUGCUACUUACCAAUGGAAGUACAGUGAGAAAUUUUAAUGAUAUGCCAAGUGUUCCGGACAAUUAUGUUUCAUCGUCGAACAAUCGAUUGAUAAUGAAAGAAUUAUCGUAUGACAGACUAGCUCUUCAAAGGGAACAUGAUGGUUAUGUAAAGUGUUUAACUGCCAAAUAG